AUGUCAGUCGAAGGUUUAGAUGGAAGAACCGUCCUGGCCUCAGUUACGGAAACAAUCAAUGCCCCAGCCAACGAAAUUUGGCCAUUUCUGUCGGCGAUCGGAGCCGAGCGGAUCCAGAUCCCGGGCUGCACCCGAUCCGCCGUGCUGGAAGGAUACGGCCUGGGCGCCGUCCGUCGCGUCUACUUUGGCGAAGUCUAUUUUGAUGAGCGCGUUCUCGUGUGCGACCACACUGCCUUCAAAUUGCAGUACGAAGUUCUUGAGCCGAGUUCGAGUCCGGCGACGGGAGUCCUUGCGGCCGUACAACUUCACUCUUCGGGUCCGGAGAAGACGAUUGUUACCUGGACAUCUGGAGCCAGGCGAGUUGAGCAGCAGCAUGAGGAUAGCGUUAAGUUGCAGGCUGUUGGAUUUUGUCAAGGCCAGAUCGCAUCUCUGAGGAAGCUGACUCAGACUGCAAAGGCUUCUUCGUAG